CCAUCUUGCCAGUUUGUGGCGCGCAGUCCGCGCGACUUGACGUUUCCCGCCAAAUCACUUUUCGAACUUCGAACGCGAUUAACUUUUUAAAAAAAUAAAAGGCGCGCGUGUCAACCAGUGUCAGCAUUCGCUGUAUCAAAAGUUGCAUUCAAUACUGCACGUGUUGUGAAAUGUGUGAUAUAAACUUCACCUUGUGAAAGAGGACAUUUCGCAAAAUUGUUUUAUUUUUUACUAUAUUAAUUUAAUGUUUGACUAAAAAUAAAUCAUGGGAGUUAUUGAUCGGAGAAAGUGUUUAUCACAUAUAAAUAUGGAACUCACAACGUGGUUACCAUUGGUGUUGGCUGUCCUCACAUUUGCAACUCCAGUUUUAUCAGCGGAACCCCGCGUGGUGUGUUACUACACUAACUGGUCGGUGUACCGACCGGGUACAGCGCGCUUCAACCCCCAGAACAUCAACCCUUAUCUGUGCACGCAUUUGGUCUAUGCUUUUGGUGGAUUCACCAAAGAUAAUACAUUCAAGCCCUUCGAUAAAUAUCAGGAUAUUGAAAAAGGUGGAUAUGCCAAGUUCACGGGCUUAAAAACCUACAAUAAGAACUUAAAAACAAUGCUGGCCAUCGGUGGCUGGAACGAAGGUUCCAGCAGGUUCUCCCCCAUGGUCGCGUCUAGGGAUCGGCGGAAGGAGUUUGUAAGGAAUGCGAUUAAGUUUCUAAGACAGAACCACUUCGAUGGUCUCGAUCUGGACUGGGAGUACCCGGCGUUCAGAGACGGCGGUAAACCUAAAGAUAGAGAGAACUAUGCAAAACUUGUCCGGGAACUGAGAGAUGAAUUCGAGAGGGAAUCGGAGAAAACUGGCAAGCCUCGUCUACUGCUUACAAUGGCUGUACCAGCUGGUAUUGAAUACAUACAGAAAGGCUUCGACAUUGAAACGUUAAACAAAUACUUGGACUGGAUGAAUCUGCUAUCGUAUGACUACCAUUCGGCGUUCGAGCCGGCAGUCAACCACCACGCGCCGCUCUACCCGCUAGAGGAACCCAACGAGUACAGCGUCGACAACGAACUUAACAUCGAUUAUACGAUAAAAUUCUACUUAGAGAAUGGCGCUGACCGCAACAAGUUAGUGCUCGGUAUACCAACGUACGGACGCUCCUACACGCUGUUCAACCCUGACGCAGUCGAGAUCGGCUCGCCCGCUGACGGCCCCGGGGAACAGGGGGAUGCGACAAGAGAGAAGGGAUACUUAGCGUACUACGAGAUUUGCGAAGCUCUCAAGCCUAAGCAGAAGAAGCGCAGCAUCAGCUCUGACUCAGAGGAAUAUUCAGAUGAAGAAGAAGAGGAGGAGGAAGAAUGGACGGUGAUGCACCCCAACCCCACCGCGAUGGGUCCCGUCGCCUUUAGAGGCAACCAGUGGGUCGGGUACGACGACAUCGAUAUAGUCAAGAAGAAAGCAGAGUAUGUCGCGGAAAAUGGACUAGGAGGUAUUAUGUUCUGGUCAAUCGACAACGAUGACUUCCGCGGCAACUGUCACGGCAAGCCUUACCCGCUGAUAGAAGCGGCCAAAGAGUCAUAUAUACAAAAACUUGGGUCGACAGAUAACAUCGUCGUGUCCGAGAAGCCGAAAUCACGCGGCAAAUCUGGCAGGAGGAAUAAACGACCGCGCACCACGUCCACUACCACCACUACUACAACGACCACUGAGAAACCAUCUACUAGAAGCAGCAAACGUAAGAGUGGAUCAGCCACGAGCACUACACCCGCCUGGAACGUCACUCCUGAACCACCGACAACUCCUGACCCUGGAUCAGACUUUAAGUGCACAGACGAAGGGUUCUUCCCACACCCACGCGACUGCAAGAAAUACUUCUGGUGUCUCGACUCCGGUCCCUCCGACCUCGGCAUCGUCGCCCACCAGUUCACUUGCCCUUCAGGUCUAUAUUUCAAUAAGGCAGCAGAUUCUUGUGACUUUGCGCGCAACGUGCUUUGCAAAGUAACCGCUGCUACAACCAAGGCUCCCACUAAAGCGCCUACCACUCGGACGACCGUCACCACCACCACAACCACUACAACACGCAAGCCUUUGAGGAUCAGCACCCGCAACUCAUUGCUGUUUAGAACAACAACCACUACACCUGCACCUCAGGUUGAAGAAGAAUAUGAAGAUGAGGACGAAGAAGAUAACGCAACGGAUGAUGCAGAGGAUCCUAAAGUUAUCAAGGAACUAAUUGAAUUGAUUAAGAAAGUCGGUGGCGUGGAACAGUUGGAGAAGCAGCUGGGCUUGUCAGAGACUUCCAUCAGCACCAGUAGUGAUGUAGCGACAAGCACACCCUCGUCCUUCAACAAAAAACUUUACCAGAAAGUCCUGGAACGAGCCCGAGGAAGGGGCAAAUUUAACACAAAUGGUGUUACUGGCAGUUUGUCACAAAACAGUCGUAGCGGACCUCAGAACGAAGGCCUUCAGCCAACCGCGGACCAAGAUCGAUUUCUAAAAAAAGAUAGACCACAAUACGUCACCAUUAACCGUUCUCGACCCCCGACAUCGGUGACAACUGAGAACUCUCUGGAGAGUGAGGAGAUCGAAGACGAAGAAGAAUCAGAGGAACAACAAUUAACGCGGGGCCGAUCUGCUGGAGGACAAUCUAAAGUAGCCACCACAAGCAAACCUCUCCAAUAUGUUAAUAUCAGACGAUCCAGACCUACGACAACUGUUCCUGAUACUGCUGAUGAUUCAGGGUCCAGGAAUAAUGCUCUAUUUGAACGUGUCGAGCCGUAUGUAUCCGUGUCGGAAGCAGUCAACUCUCUGGACAUUACCAGUGCUAGGAGAGAGAAUGUUCCCGAAUAUGUGACAAUUAGAAGAACUCGCCCUACCUCUGAAACGACUACUGCGCAAUAUCAGAAUUCAGAAACUGAAGUUGAAUCUCAGGAAUCUGCUUUAGAAAGGGAAAUCACUUCUCCAUCUUUACAACCACAGUAUACUUCAGUAUUGAGAAUACGAUCAACCACUCUUCCUCCUCUCGAGGAGUCAAGCAGCCCUGAGCCUACGACGGUCCUCGCUGUUCAGAUUUCAUCCUUAUUAAAUUCUCCAACGGCUGCAGAAAUACCUUCAUCUGAGCCUUUGUCAUCCAUUUCUAUAACAACUCAAGAAAUUGAAGUCCCUACAACUACCGCUACAAGUCCUACUACAACAACCUUGCCAACAACGCCAUCUACAACUGUAACAACUGAAAUUCCUUCAACUACGACAUCACGUCGGAAUGGCUUGAGACGUCGUGGGUCUACAACAACUUCAACGGCAACAACAUCAUCUCCAACUUCAACAACACAGGUACCGCGAACAAACUUCCUCCGGCGCACCAAGCCCACGACGGUUCCCAUCACCACGGACUCGAACACAGCAGCACCGGACAAUGUGGAAACAACCACGAACAAAUACACAAGGCGAGGCAACUCCAGGUUCAAGUCACGAAAAGAUGCCGCCGAAAUUGUUCCGCAAAUUGAGAAAACGCGGGAAAACGAUACAGACGUACAAACGCGGCGGCCAUUUUCCAACAGUGACCGACCGACGCCGCGCAAUUUUGCCGCGCGAAGACGCUUUGGUGGGGCGAACUCAACUAGCAGAACGACUUCGGUAUCAUCGACAACAGCAGCGUCUAUCUCUCGACGUCCGUUCCGCGUAGCCAGCCGGCGACGACCUGCCACCACCAAGCUCACCACAUCUACUACAACCACCACACAGGCCACUACCACCACCAACGUCCUGGACAGUGAUGAAUAUCUACAGGAUAUAGAGGAAGCUGACUCUAUUGAAGAUCCAACCAUAACUACUCGCUCUGGACCGAAAAAGAAUCCAAAAAUCCAAAGACGACCCCUGGUUAAUUUGAAAGAAGAAAGCGAUCAGAAUCCGUCUGCUACAAAUGAAGAAGAAAAGAAGAGACAGAGCAAGAAAUACAGCUCCACUUUCAAACAAAACCAAUUAGAUGAAGUUCUUAAGCUUAAAAAUCAGGAUUCCUUUGACGAGGAUAUUGAUGUAACUACUGAAGGGAAAUUUACUGAAAGCUUUAGUGCUGAAACUGCCGUAGCUCUUGCUGCCCACAAACUCUUAGAAGCUCCUGUACCAAUCAUACCAGACUAUGAAUAUGAUGUGACUCCUACUAGAAGUGCGCCAAAGAAUACUCAGAAGUUCAAAUACACCACAACUGAAUACACCCCUGAUAUUACUAAGACGCCAUCCUACCCCUUAUCGUACUCUACCACCCCUAGUUACAGUACAGAAACUCAAGACUACUUCCAAACUUCCACAGGUUUAUACUCCGGUGAUCUUGUGAAUACUGUUCUACCAUCAACAGGUGGAUAUAGAGGAUCUAAGCCAACUGGAUUUACAGCUCCCACUAUAAUUAACCCUGGUCUCUCGGGGGUUUCCCGCAACUUGGGUCCAUCGACCGUCAGGUACUUGAGUACAACUGAACAAAAUAUACCAACACAAGAAAUCAAUCCAACAUCAGGUAGAUUUACGGAUACCAGUGAAAAGUACUCAAAGUCUCCAUCAAGAUUACAAGACUUGACAACAGUGUACAAUUAUAGUUCUAUUUCAUACGAUAUAACUCCAGGCGACAAAUAUAUUAAUACAGGAGAGUCUUCACAAACAGUGACACCAACUGGGAGAUCUAGAGGUCGAAGACCAUCUACUACAAUUAGUGGAUUAGAACAAUAUACCGGUACCUCGCAAACUCUUCCACCCACGAACGAUUUCGGCAUAAGCAAGAAAUACUCUGAAAUUUCCAGACCUACCACUACAGUCAAUAAAUACUUGGAUGACAGAUUUACUGGUAUAUCAGAAGAUCCGUUUGAAACAAGUAAAUACUUAGACACGAGCGACAAGUACACUGAUACCUAUCAAACACCAGGACCAUCAACUAUCGAUUAUUUAGAUUUAAACAGAUAUACAGGAACAUCCCAAAACUUGAACCCUAGGUUUACAGUAACUGGAGAAAAAUAUACAAAUGUUGCCACAAAUCCUUCAACCCCCACUUACGUAACGGAAGACAAAUAUACGACAGUAUCUCAAGAAGCGACACCUACAAAUGGUUAUAGAGGAACAACCGACUACUCAGAAACACCAAUUAAUACAAGAGUACCAAGCAGAUUUACGAACAGAGGCGCAAGUUACACGACAUUACAAAAUCAGAAUCCCACCACCACUGAUCCAGACACAACUGACAGAUAUUCGUCGAUCUCACGAAGAAGAAAACCAUCGACCACGACUGUAAGUGAUAGUGAGAAGUAUACAACUGUCACAUUACAAACUGUUAAUCCUACAACAUCGAAUGAAAGAUAUACAGAACCUUCGAGAAGGAGACGGCCUUCUACCACCGCUUACACUGAAACAGACAAAUAUACAACUGGUACUGUACAAAACGUUAAUCCAACCGAAGUGGUAAUAAGUACAACUGAAAAACCAGUACAGUCUCGUAGGAGAAGACCUAGCACUAACAGCUACACAAACAGUGAACAGUACACAACAGAAACAACUCCUACGUUUGGAUUUACAGGCACCAGUGAAAGAUACACCAGUGUACCUCGCAGAACCAGACCCUCGACUUCCAGAUACGAAGUCACAGAAGAAACUUCAUCAGAAUUCUCAACCGCAGGACCGACUACCGGAUUUACAGGAAUUAAUGAAAGAAUAACCGAAACAUUACCUAGAUUAAGACCAUCUACAGAUAGCUAUGCAGAAGCAGCUGAUAAAUCUACAGACACGCCUCAGAUUGAAACAUAUACUGUAAAUAAGAAAUACUCCGAUAUCACACGCAACAGAAGUCCAUCUACUAGCUCUUACUACGAAUCCACAGAAAAAAAUCCAACAAGUAGCACAUUACCAGAAGAGGUCUCAACUAAUCGUUAUUUGAACCCCAACGGUCAAUAUACAGGUUUCAUUCAAGAUGUAAAUCCUUCUACCGUGAAAUACGUAAGCACAGAAGAGAAAUCACAGGACACAAGUCCAUCUUCCGUCCAAUAUCCAAGUACGACUGGUAAAUACGUAUCGGGACCUGUAGAUGAUUUCGCAUUCUCUACUGCUGGAUAUAGCCAAAGUCAAGACCCUUCGUAUUUCACUAGAGAAUACCUCCUGGCGUCUCCAGUUACUAAAACAUAUGACGAUGAAUAUCAAUACUUAUCACCAGUAACAACAACACAGCCGACAACCACAACUAGAAAAUUAGGCAGAAAGAAGACUAUAUUCCGAAGAAUUUCAUCAACAACUAGACCGAGUUCCACCACAACAACAACAGAAAAACCCCGAAGAGUCGUAUCAAGAAAACCAUUUGAGAAAAUACGCAAAGUACAGAAGGUGAAAGUCCUAAAGGUGCCAAAGAAAGAACAAGAGAUACAAUUAAUUGAAGAGAAGCCAGUUAAGGAAGUACAGCCUACACAGAGGCAGCAAAUACAGAGAGUACCAGUGAAAAAUAUUGAAUUACCAAAACCAAACAGAGUAAGAAAACCAAUAACUUACGAUUAUUAUGAUGACAGUGAAGAGAAAGUAGCACAGAAAUAUGAAGAGGGUACUAAAGUUAUACUUCAUAGUAAAGGAACAAUCGAGUGUUUAGACAUAGGCAACUUCCCGCACCCAUCGUCCUGUAAGAAGUUCAUAUCGUGUGCGCGUAUGGAAAGCGGAGCAUUACUGGGCUGGGAGUACGUCUGUCCUAAAGGCCUGUCCUUCGACCCUGUUGGCGGUAUUUGCAACUGGUCGGCAGGACUCGGCUGUCACGAGCAAGACUCAUAGAUUAAAAAAACCUUCCAUGGGGUUGCCAACUUACAAAAUUUGUGUCAAAAAUGCCCCAAACUAAAUUAUUUGAUUAUUUCUGAUGUUUAAAUUGGAAAAAAUUAAAACUUGACCUGUUAUUUAUAUUUAAAAAUGAAAGAUAUGUUCCUUUUUUAAAUACUUUUACAAUUUAAAUGGCAAAUUAAAGUUUUCGGUAAAUGUGAUACAAAAUAUUUUGUUGAUUUAUGUAUCAAAACUAUAAUAGGUAAAUAAUUAAAUUUAUUGUCAAUGAUUUACCAACAUAGUCUUGAAAAGAAAAAUUUACCUUAAAAGGUUGUUAAAACAUAAACUUUUAAGUUUAUUAUAUGCUUACUCAGCAAUUCUUAAGGCAUUCUCAAUUUCUUAACCUAAAAAAAACACUGCCAACUUAUGUAAAUAUUCUAUAAUUAAGUACCCAAGAACUUGUGUCUGUCACACUUUUGUAUUUUUAUAUCUAGCAAAAAUCAUAUUCAUAAGAAACAUGAAAACUUUGUAAUGUACAUUCCACUUAGUUUUAUCACACUAGUUACACGCGUACUGAAUAGGCAAGUAAAAAUGUAGAAACAACCUAUUUCGCAAUGUGCCUUAAAUAUUAUAAAAUAAUUAGAUUUUAAGAUUUAUUUUAUAUGAUUAGAAAUAAAACAAACAAUACUCAA